UCGAUAUAUAAGCGGAUUUUGGUUUCGGUUAAAGCAUCAGUCGGGUGUUCAAAUCAUCAGUGAUACACCAUGAGGGCAUUUGCAUUGCUUCUAGUCAUCGCCGUCUCUGUCGCGUUGGCCGCAGACCCCAAACCUUCAAAGAAUAAUGUCUCCAAAGGAAACAAGCGUAGCACUGGCCUGGAAGAGUCGCUCUACGGCUCAGGCUUGGUGAAUGCCUACUCAGUUGGAGGCCUUCCCUACUCCGGAUUGACUACUAGCUAUGGCAGCAAUGUUGUCUCCCAAGUCGGUUCUUACGGUGUAGUUGGAAACGCCCCAAGCCUCUACUCUUCGGGAGGAUUCGUUUCCGGCUACGGAAGCAACGUUGUUCCCCAAUUGAGAAGCUAUGGUGUAGUUGGGGGCUCUCCCAGCUUCUACUCGUCUGGAGGCUUAGUUUCUUCUGGAGGUUUAGUCUCUUCUGGAGGUUUAGUCUCUGGCGGAGCAUUAGCUUCUUCUCCCUCCGUUGUCACUUUACAACAACAACCUUCUGUUGUAUCUGUGCAACAACCAGUGCAACAGGUGGUCCAUACCAGAACCGUGCAAGUUCCAGUCGCCCAACCCUACCCAGUUGCUGUUCACAAGCAGGUUGCUGUCCCAUACGCUGUAGACCGUCCAGUGCCCGUAACAGUUGAGCGAAAAGUUGCCGUGCCAGUAGACAGGCCAGUGCCCGUGCCAUUCGACAGACCAGUGCCAGUCCACAUUGAGAAGCAGGUGCCCGUCCCAGUUCAAGUUGACCGCCCCUACCCAGUGACCGUAGAGAAGCAAGUCCCAGUGGCUGUAGACCGGCCAGUGCCUGUUCAAGUGCCAGUUCCCCAGCCCUACGCCGUCCACGUGGAAAAGAAGGUUCCCUACACUGUAGACCGACCAGUGGUUGUGACCAUUGAACGUCAAGUGCCUGUGGCUGUUCCCUACAAGGUCGAGGUCCCCAUUGACAAGCCCUACCCCGUCCAUAUCGAGAAAAAGGUCGCCUACCCUGUUUACAUCAACAAACCAUACGCAGUCCCAGUUGAAAAGCAAGUAGCUGUGCCCUACAAGGUCCCAUACCCGGUGCAUGUUGACCGCCCAGUUCCGUUUACUGUUGAAAGGCGUGUUCCAGUAGUGGUGGAAAAACCAGUUCCCUACACCGUUGAAAGGAAGGUACCUUACGCAGUCCAUGUAGACCGACCAGUGGCUGUUCCCGUUGAACGUCAAGUGCCAGUAGCUGUAGACCGUCCCUACCCCGUCACUGUAGAGAAGCAAGUCCAGGUUCCAGUACCAGUAGACCGAGUUGUAACUGUAGAGCGACAAGUUCAAGUCCCAGUCCAACAGCAGGUUCAAGUUAUUCCAUCCCUGCAGACCUACUCAGUUUCCCAGCCCUCAUUGGCUUUCGCCCAGCCUGCUGGCCUAUCCGUUGCGUCUCUAGGUGGCUCAGCUGUAUCCGGCCAACUGGUUUCUGGUGGAAUUGUAGCGCAAAGCACCCCAGUGCUUUCUGCUGUUGCAUCCCAUAGCGGCGUUGCUGUAGGCCAGAACGGAGUGUCUUCCGUAACUGUAGACACUGACUUCGGCAAGCAAGUGGCCUCCAUCCAGGCGGGCGGUGGAUCUACAUCCUACGGUUCAUCUUCUGCUGUAUCUUCAGCUGCUGCCUCAUCCGCUUUGGCAUCGGCUAACGCAGCCGCUAAUGCCGACUUUGAGAGACAAGUUGCUGACAUUCAAUCUGCAGCUCGAUCCGGCUCCUACGGCAUAUCUUCAUCUGGUGCUUCUGCAGCUUCAGCUGCAUCUAACGCCGAAUUCGCCAGCCAAGUUGCCGCCAUCCAGGCAGGAAGUCGCAGCUACAGCUCUUCCUCCUCGGUGGUUGCUCAGCCUGCCGUCCUUCUGGGAUCCUACGACUUUACUGGAGGAGUCAGAUUUGGCAGGGACUCCAAGAAGGCCGCCAAGAAGAACUAGAUUAAGUAUUAAUGAUUUCAGUGCCAUAAUACUGCCAGGAUGGUAAUCGAAUGUUGUACAAAAUGACUUGCUUUUUGCUAUGAAUAAAGGUUCAUUUGAA